CCCCGUUCUCUCACACACACGCACAACGGAACAGACAAGAAGACGUAGGUCCGUUACAGCCAACUGUUCUCUCCACAUUUUACACCAAAAAUUGCAGAGUCAUAACCAUGGGGAAGGGAUGCAUCACGGCAACUAAGUACUUCCUGUUCCUCUUCAACCUCCUCUUCUUUAUCUUUGGAGCAUUGUUCAUGGGCUUUGGACUGUGGGUUCUCCUGGAUAACCAGAGCUUCAUCGCAGUUCUGCAGGAAUCCUCUACCACACUGAAGGUAGUGUCCUACAUCUCCAUCAGUGUGGGGUCUCUCUCCAUGGCCAUGGGUUUCCUGGGCUGUAUAGGAGCCAUCUAUGAGAUACGCUGCCUGCUGGGCCUGUACUUCACCUGCCUCCUGCUCAUCCUCAUUGCCCAGGUAACUGCUGGGGUGCUCAUCUACUUCCAGAGAGACAGGCUGAAGCAUGAGAUGUCCAACAUCAUCAAAGGGAUGUUGGUCAACUACACUGGUCAGAACAGGACCACAGAACACACCUGGGACUAUGUACAGAGGACGAUGAAGUGCUGUGGUUGGACUGGUCCUGGUAACUGGUCAGAGAAUUUGACGAUCAGGAACAGUUCUGUCUCCAUGUACCCCUGCUCCUGUCGGAACGAAACCCUGCCCGGGACAGACGUCAAGGAGAUAGGGCUCUGUGAACACCUGUCCAACGACCUGCCAGUCUACGAAACGGGCUGCAUGCAUAGUGUGGAGGGCUGGCUUCUGGAGAACUGUGGAGUUAUUCUUGGAAUCGGUGUCGGAGUGGCAGUCAUUGAGCUUCUGGGAAUGAUCCUGUCUAUGUGCCUGUGUAAGAGUGUUGUCCAGGAGGACUACACCAAAGUACCCAAGUACUGACUAUGAAGACCUGAAGACAGGAAAAGCCAUACACCACACACAUGCAUAGCAUAGAAACACAGACAUGCAGCGACACACACGCAGACACACACUCUCACAGUGAAACACAGACGCAACUGUCCUGACUCGCCUGUAUCUCUUGUUACUCCUUCCUGAAGUCCGGACACACGCACACACACUUCCCAAUCAAGCACAACAUAUGGACCUGCAUCUUUUUGGACACACACAUUGUCGUCUUAUCUUUUAUCAAAUUACUUGGUUUUAGAAGACACUCAUCUUUAGGUAUUAAUGAAUUCAGCGCUGGGUUAUUACGUAUCUGAUGGAGUGAGUGUGAACAAACUCCCGUAUGAACCCAGGAUGUUCCUCUGUUCUCUUAUUUUCUGUCUCUUCCUGAAGCGCUUAUCGUGGCUGUUAGUUAAUUAGUUAGUAAGCUCAGUCUUUGUUUGUGAGAGCACUUUAGUGAUGUUUUGUGAGCUGUUGAUCAGUGAGACAGAGAGAGGACCUGGACCUGUGAUGAUCUAGGAUCAGGUAUCCCCUUUCCAUUAUAUAUAUUAUCUAAAAGGCAACUGAUCCUAGAUCAGCACUCCUACUUUAUGAAUAUGGGCUUUGGGGAGGAGCGUGAGAUGGAACACUGUGGAGGGGGUACAGCAGGAGAGAGAGGGGGAGGAGGUGAAAGGAGGCCAGAUGUUCCCAUACUGUAUCCCACAGCUGGUAUUUUUGGUGCUGGGGUGGGUUGGAAUGGAAGGCCUGCCCUAGACCAGAGCAGGGAAAGGCUGGUGGGUUUUUAUUUUUACUCUUUCAUCAGUCUCUCCACUGACGGCUUAAUAUCUCCUCUCUUCACCUCCUCCUUUCAUCUGCCCUCCCUCUUUCUUACGGGUGUGUCUGGUCUGACUGGUCUCCGUAAAACGAGUAGCUACCAAGAUUAAUGAAUCGUUUUUCAUGAAGUAUAUUAUACACUAGGUGUGCAAAACAUUAGGAACACCUUCCUAAUAUUGAGUUGCAACCCUUUUUGCCCUCAGAACAGCCUCAAUUCGUUGGG